CCUGGAGCCGGGAUGGAACCCAGGGCUGGAACCCAGAGCCAGAACGGAUCCCAGAGCUGGAACCCGGAGCUGGAACCCAGGGCUGGAUCCCAGAGAUGGAAUGGAUCCCAGAUUCCAGAGCCAGAAUGGAACCCAGAGCUGGAUCCCAGAGCCAGAAUGGAUCCCAGAGCUGGAACCCGGAGCUGGAACCCAGAGCCAGAUUGGAUCCCAGAGCCAGAACGGAUCCCAGAGCUGGAACCCAGAGCCAGAAUGGAUCCCAGAUUCCAGAGCCAGAUCCAAGACCCAGAUCCCAGAUGCCAGAGCCAGGAUGGAACCCAGGGCUGGAACCCAGAGCUGGAACCCAGAGCCAGAUCCAGGACCCAGAUCCCAGAUCCCAGAGCCAGAAUGGAUCCCAGAGCUGGAACCCGGAGCUGGAAUGGAUCCCAGAGCCAGAAUGGAUCCCAGAUCCCAGAGCUGGAUCCCAGACUCCAGAGCCAGAUCCAAGACCCAGAUCCCAGAUGCCAGAGCCAGAAUGGAACCCAGAGCUGGAACCCAGAGCUGGAACGGAUCCCAGAGCUGGAUCCCAGAGCUGGAUCCCAGAGCCAGAACAGAUCCCAGAUCCCAGAGCUGGAUCCCAGAUUCCAGAGCCAGAUCCAAGACCCAGAUCCUGGAUCUCAGAGCCAGAAUGGAUCCCAGAGCUGGAACCCAAAGCUGGAACCCAGAGCCAGAUCCAAGACCCAGAUCCUGGAUCUCAGAGCCAGAAUGGAUCCCAGAGCUGGAACCCAGAGCUGGAAUGGAUCCCAGAGCCAGAAUGGAUCCCAGAGCUGGAACCCAGAGCUGGAAUGGAUCCCAGAUGCCAGAGCUGGAACCCAGAUUCCAGAGCCAGAAUGGAACCCAGAGCUGGAACCCGGAGCUGGAACCCAGAGCUGGAACCCAGAGCCAGAAUGGAUCCCAGAGCUGGAUCCCAGAUUCCAGAGCCAGAUCCAAGACCCAGAUCCCAGAUCCCAGAGCCAGAAUGGAACCCAGAGCUGGAACCCAGGGCUGGAACCCAGGGCUGGAACCCAGAGCCAGAUCCAAGACCCAGAUCCCAGAUUCCAGAGCCAGAAUGGAACCCAGAGCUGGAACCCAGAGCUGGAUCCCAGAACCAGAUCCAAGACCCAGAUCCUGGAUCUCAGAGCCAGAAUGGAUCCCAGAUCCCAGAGCUGGAACCCAGAUCCCAGAGCCAGAGUGGAUUUCAAACCCAGACUGGAUCCCCGAGUCGGAUCCUGAAUCCCAGAGCCAGAUCCCAAAGCUGGAUCCCAGAUCCCAGAGCUGGAUCCCAGAGCUGGAACCCAGAUCCCAGAUCCAGAUUGGAUCCAAGAUCCAGAUUGGAUCCCGGAGCCAGAUUGGAUCCCAAAGCUGGGUCCUGGAUCCCAAGCAUGGCAUGGGGUUGCAGAAGGGCAGAUCCCAUCCUGGAUCCUGGAUUCCAGGACCAGAUUCCAUCCUGGAUCCUGGAUCCAGAUCCCAAUCCCAGAUCCA